AUGUUCGAGCGGACGGUGACAAUGAACUCGUUAGGGAAGACAUUCUCUUUGACUGGAUGGAAAGUCGGCUGGGCCAUAGCACCUCCACACUUAACAUGGGGAGUGCGACAGGCACAUGCUUUCCUCACUUUUGCAACCACAAAUCCAAUGCAGCGAGCUGCUGCAGUAGCUCUAAGAGCACCAGAUUCUUAUUACACUGAACUGAAGAGGAUCACACCCCUUUUGGACAUGAAAAUGAUGUUGCCAUUUUGCGAAUAUCUUGUUAAGGAGGAGAAGCUUAGAAAAUGA